CGGAAAUCGAAACUUAACCGAUCUGAAUGUAUAAAAUGAAAGUAGUAUUCUGUGAUAUUAAUCGGAACGGCUUCUCACACUGUUACUCAGUUCAGUGUUUUAACUGUUUGCUGAUGAUUUGGUUCUUUUUUUUAAUUCUGCAAUGGAGAAUUGUAUUUCUUUGCUGAAUGAGUACCAACAGCACAGCGGAUCCACUGUGGAAUACGAGGAAGGAUCCGAUGAAGGGCCAAGCCACCUUAAAACGUUCACUUGUAGGGCAAUUGUAAAUGGCAGACGUUAUCCUGAUGGCACUGGCAAAACCAAGAAGGAGGCAAAGCAAAAUGCUGCCAGGAAUGCACUCACUGGCAUGAAGGAAACACACAGUUUAGAAUCUACAACAUCAUCUUUACCGGUUAAUUCCAACAACAUGACCAUAACUCAGCAGAAUUUUAUUGGCUGGCAGAAGAAUAAGGUAGUAUUUAAGACACGGGAGUCGACUAAAAUGGAUCCAGGAAGCACCACUCAUUUCUCUGAGGAUUCGCGAAGAACCACGCUGGACAGCAACUACAUUGCAUUUCUCAAUGAUUUCUGCCAGAAACAUAAACAUGUUUUGGAUUUUAAAUUAGUGGACAGAAGAGGCCCUCCACACAACCCAGAGUUUGUUUAUAAAGUUGUUAUAAACGGAAAGGAAUACCCUGAAGCACAAGGAAGAAACUCAAAAGAGGCAAAGCAGCAUGCAGCUCAGUGCGCUUUGGCUGAAAUACAGGAGUCUAGCUUGAACACACAGAGUUCUGAAGAUGACACCUCUUCACGAUCCUCAGAGAUAUUUAAAUCUGAGGAAGACCAAUCACAGAAGAGCAGAACCAGCACCAGUGAUUUUAUUGUCUAUAAUGACUCUUCUGCUGUCAGUUCUCCUAUGGCCAUAAGUCCCGCUGUGAGCUCAUUGGAUAUGAAGACCAAAAUAAAAUUAGCACCUAGAUUUCUGUUGCCAAACGGUCUGCCCAAGAAUAAAGGGGAUGGUCCUAACCUGAAUGUGCACAACCCACCAAAGCCAUCUGCAGAACAAACUGCAAACCAGACCAUAAAGUCAAGGUUUUUAGAAGAUUUUGACUCAAUAAAUCCAGUUGGCAAAGGUGGCUUCGGCCGUGUUUUCAAGGCAAGAAGAAAGCUUGAGAACAAAUAUUUUGCUGUGAAGAUAGUGAAGAGCACAGAAAAAGCUCUACGUGAAGUUGGUGCAUUGGCAAAUCUUUAUCACCCGAAUAUCGUCCGUUACAACACAGCUUGGUUAGAGGACACAAUGUACAGACACGACUCUUCAGAGAGCUACAGCAGCUCAGAUUCUGGCAGUGGCCCGGGAACAAAGUUCCUCUACAUCCAGAUGGAGCUGUGUGUAGGAGACACUCUGAAUGUCUGGAUUGAUAAAUGGAAUGAUCCAAAUGAACAAUAUCCAGAGCGGAGACGAGACUCGGCAUAUAUCAGCAGACAGAUCCUGCAGGCCGUGCAAUACAUUCACUCCAAAGGGUUAAUCCACAGAGACCUGAAGCCUGCCAAUAUCAUGUUUGGUAGAGAGGAUGAGGUAAAGGUGGGAGACUUUGGCCUCGUGACAGCAGCAGAAAAUGACAAUGAUAACCAGCUGCUGGAACGGACUAAAAAAACAGGAACCCGUUCUUACAUGAGUCCAGAACAGGCGACUCGAUCCUAUGACACAAAGGUGGAUAUAUUUGCUCUUGGUCUCACAUACUUUGAACUCCUCUGGAAUCUUGUCACAAAGGUUGAAAAGGACAAGAUUUGGGGUAAUUUAAGAAGUAGGAUAUUUCCACCGCAGUUCUCAGAGAAGUUUGGUUUUGAGCACAAGCUCAUACACAAAAUGUUGUGUCACAAUCCUGAAGGCAGACCAGAUGCUACAGAGCUCAUCGAGGAACUGAAUCAACACUUCACAGUCCUGUUGAAGAAUUAGAUUGGAACAGUUAUUAUUUGAGACUUAAUUUCACUUUAUAUUUACAGCAUAUUAGAAAUGCAGUAUAUAAAUAUGUUUCAUCGUGAGGAGCGCUACAAUAUUUGAACUAAGCACAGACUUGCUGCUUGUGAACUGCAUUCCAAAUCAGUAAUCAAUAAGAUGACCAAAGUAUGGGAAUAUAUAUACACUUCGGUGGUGGUGUGGGAAGGCCGGAUGCUUGCCCAAGCUCUAUCGCUAUUUCUGCAUGUCUACAACAUCUGCUGCAGCCGAGCCGGCUUUUUCAAGGGCAUGGAUUAUGCAGCUUUCCAGACAAAGUCGGAGAUGGGAAUACCCAAGUUUAUUUCCCACUUCUGACCUCAGUGCGUUCCAGCCAAUCACACGUCACAUUUUAAUGGCAUGCACAGUCUUCCGGAUGCUAGCCAUCUGGCUAUCUAGUAGCCAUUUAAUUAACAAAUUAGGUGAAAACAUAGGCAUUGAUUGACACACGAACAAUUCUUCUUAAUAUCCUCUUGUAUAUUUUUUGUUGUAUAUGUUCAUACGGUAUAUUUCGUGCAGUGAAAUAACUUAAAAGUUUCGAAAGUUCACGAAACCCAGCUCUGCAUUGUGCUCAUUAGUCACCAGCUCGCCGCCAUCUUGGAAAUUACAUCAAAUGACGCUUCUUGCUGAGGUUGGGCGGCAUUCCAGUCAUUUUCAAAUAGGAGGCGCGAAAAUUGAGUGUUGUCCGGAACGCACAAUUAAUUGCCUCAGAUGCACAUUUUACCCAACAAAAAUGUAUUGUCUGAGUAAGUAGUAAAUGCCUGUUGUAGGCUAGGUGUUUACCCUACCAGUUAAAACUGGAACACCGCUUGAAGAUGGACACCCGGCUUCCCUUACAAAAAAUUUAGAGUUCUGACAAACUUGCCGCAAAUUUCCCCACUCAUUAUUUUCACAUGCAAAUGAGCUUGCGAUUCACCGCAAAUGUUUGCCAGAAGUUUGCAUCUCUUCACCGGUAGUGGUGAACCUGCAGCAAAACUUUGGCGACAAUUAAGAGUUUGCAGAAUUUGCCAGAACUCUUGAUAUUUGCUAGGGUGAAGUCGUGGUAGAUCGAUCAUCCCCGACCUCAGUGGGAAGUGUCAUUUGACGUCAUUUCCAAGAUGGCGGCAACCAACAAGCAUAAUGCGGAGCUGGGUUUUCAAAAAACGUAAAAAAAAUAAACUUUUAAGUAUUUUCACUGCACGAAAUGUAUGAACAUGCAAUAUACAAGAGGAUAUAAAAAAGAAUUGUAAGUGUAUUAAUCAAUGCCUAAUUAAUUUUGUUUCUUUAAGCCUAGUGAACACUACAGGACUCAAGCUCGUCUCCUUUGAUGUUUUGAGUCGGUGACUGGUCUGCGACGAGAAGUCUCGGAUAUCACAAUGAACGGUCUUGUUGUGUGCGCACUCCUACGGCAGGCCGAGACGAGUCCCAGACGCUACGACAGUUUUCAAAACUGCUUGAUAUCUAGACGUCUUGUUGUCAGGUAUGCGCACCGUCCCGAUGAGCGAUAGACCAACCCGAUCUCAUUAAAAGUUGUACAUAAUUUACGAGUUUGCUAUUUCCUAUGGUCUUGCACGAUGCUGUGCAAAUUCCCGGAUGUCUACUGCGGAAGUAAGCGCGAGUUCCGCGCACAAGGCGUUAAGGACAUACUUAUUAAUAUUGUGCCCUUACCCAAACCCCAUAUCUAAACUUAACCAAUCGGUAGAGUGUGUAAACAUGAUAGGAAGCUGUUGUGUGUGACAGAAGCAAGUAAUUGUCGCGUAUUAGAUGGCAACGAUGACCAGCGACGUCAUUGGCUGUAGUGAAAGUCGUAGGAAUUCAAAUGAGUGCAGUCGCACGAUAUCAUACGAAUUAGCCAAAUUUAGAAAAGUCGUACGAAUCCUGACGAUUUCGUCGUGAGAGUGUGUUGGAUAGACUGACAAUGAGCCAAAUAUUCUAAAAAUGUUUAGAAAAUAUAUUGGUGUCUUUAUUAUUUCAACUGUUUUUCUUAAAUGUUUCCUUUUGCAAAUAUCAAAUUGGCCGUUCUUUCAUGUUUGUUGAAAGAGGAGAGCAAGGGAUUGGGUAGCAGUAGACAAAAAUAAUACGAAAAUUAAAUAAAACCUCACCCACAUUUCUCUAUACUUGCUGUUUUUCCUAUUUUUUUUUUCCUUUGCAAAUGGUGCCAAUAAAGCGCAAAUACAGGCGAGAGCCGUUCUUUCAUGUUUAUUGACAUGUUAUACACUGCGCAAAUUUGUGAAUUAAUUUUAAGAUGCAUUUUGGUCGAUCAUUUUGAAAUGGGACGAUGCUAAAGGCAGCUGUAAUGGCCGGUUAUUUACCAGUUCUGUGCAGAUUUAAGGGGAAAUAAGCCUACGACCGUAAAACGUAAAAAAGCGAAUGCAUGAACAUGUACAAUAGGAACACAAAUAUGAGCAGCAUACACACUAGAAGCUCAGUUACAGGUACGGCACUAAAAUAAAUGUUGCAUAUAAUUCUGGUCUAAAAGUCAUGUUUGCGUAUAAUUAAGAGAAACCGCGCGCCGGUUUUUAGCGCUUCCUCGUCUUUAACUUUUUUGCGCUACAUUAUCGCUACACAGACAUAAUGAUCGAUGGAUGUCCUCAUGAAAUCAGAGACUCUGUCCUCGAAAUCCAAACACAAGUGGUCAAAAGUGAUGACCAGGUGUAACGGUGAUGUCUCGUUUGUACAUUUGUGAUGGGAUCACGCAAAAUGCAUCUUAAUACCAGUGUACACAUGGCCUAGUGUAGUUGAUACACUACAGUCUUAAAGUGUUUGGACCAGCACAACGAAAGUUGCACGGCGCCGACUGCAAGUCGUGUAGUGUACGCUUGGCUUUACACGUCAUCUUCUGAGCAUCAGGCAGUGUGAUGCUUUUAUGGUCAGAGACUGUAGAUAUGAAGUAGGAAUAUCCUACAUCCGACUUUGGAAUGCUGCGUUAUAUUUGACAUGUGCACAUGUGACCGUGACGUGUGAUUGACUGGGAAGCAUUGAGGUCGGAAGUGGGAAAUUUCAAUUUGGGUAUUCUCACCUCUGACUUUGUCUGGCAUUACUAUUGGAUUCGGCUGUUAAAAUAAUAUGUUAAGUAUUUCAAAUGGAUCGCAUAUACACUCCUCAUUUUUCUGAGGAGACUAGUCGACUAUUCGAUUACAAAAAUUCCGUUUAAACGUCAGUGAAAUAUGUAUUCACGCACAUCCCUGUGCAGACAGUUGACAGCAAGGCAGCUCACUUGGUUUUGGAAGAGAGCUAAAGACACCAAGUUCUCUGGCUUUGUAAUAGUCAUGUUGUCGAGACUGUUUCAGUGACAUGUAUGUUGAAGGCAUUUAGCAUAUGCUUUUAUCCGGAGUGACUUUCACAUUUAAGACUGCUUAAAAGAUGGCAAAAGUGCAAUUCAGAAAGAUUUUAACUAUUGUGGGGAUAGUUCAUCCACAAAGGACAAUUCCGUCAUCAUUUACUCACCCUCAUGUUUGAUUGUCUCUCUUCAUUGCAUUGCUUUUCAAUGAAAGGGUGUAAAAUAAAUAAAUAAAUAAACUAUAAGAAAGAGCAGACACAGGCUGUUAAUCGUGUACUGUAUCCUACAUUCCUGUCUCUCUAAUCAUGUUAAAUGCAUUCUGUAUGUUUACAUUAAUCAUCUUAGUGGAGAAGUGGAUGACACUGUAAAUCACUGUGAGGUUUUCCAUUAUGUUUACAUUAAUACAUUUGAGAACAGAUAUUAAUACUGUACAUCAGUCUUUGUUCAAAUGGCUUACUGUGUACCUGUCUGUACUAUUCUGGCAAAAUAAUUAAGAUCAUGGAAAUUUUAAUCUCGCUAGCGAGAAUAGCGUUGAAUCAUUCAACAAGACAAUGUGUGUCUAUCAUUUUCAACAACAACAAUAAAUAUUUAUUUAUUGUUUGUAAAGUU